AUGAGAUAUUUUGCCACCGUAUUAUUGUGGCUUUUCACAUUAUGCACAAGUUCAACAGCUCUACCACCACCACGUCAUCUGAUGGCAUCCGUAGGUAAUCCGGCAUCCAGAUCCAUUCGAUUGCACGACGAAAUUGGAGAUGAAGAUCGUGAUGAACAAAAAAGAAAUAAAUUUGAGUCAAAUUUCAUGCGGAAACCACGAUACCGCCAAAUUAUGGAUGGUCUCACAAACAAAAAGAGAAAAAAGCUGCAUGAAACGAAUAAAUACAGACAUAUAGCUCGUCAUCUAGAGCACAACGAUCCAGUAAUUACAGAAUUAGGUCCUUAUGGAGGUCCUAAUAGAACAUUUCCAAAUCCUGUACAAAAGCCGAGGGGCGCUCAAGAAAUCACGUGGGAAGCAGAGGAUAAAGUUAGGAACAAAACACAAACAUGCGAUCAACACAGUGCUCCCGGUCGCUACAUGAUUUACUGUAGCGGAAAAUUGCUAGAGGCGGUUAUGGCUACUCGAUUAUAUCCGGAUUCAAAAACAUUCGUCGAUCGUCCGAUGAAAGAGGGUCGAGAGGGUAAAAAAUUGAUCCGAGAAUUCGAGGAACGGUUUCCACAACCGGUAAAUGAAAUUAAAGUGGAAGAUGUUCGAAAAUUUGUCGACGAAAAUUUCGAUGAGGAAGGACAUGAGCUCAAAAGCUGCAACCUCGCUGACUGGUCCUCGUAUCCAAGCAAAUUCAAAAUGAUCAAGGACAAUAAUCUCCGGACAUUUGCACUAAAAUUGAACGUGAUUUGGAAAGAACUUUGUCGUGAAGUGAAACCGGUCGUGCAAAAUUUCCCGGAACGAUUUUCGAUCAUCUACGUACCACAUCGGUUCGUUGUUCCCGGUGGUCGUUUUCGAGAAUUCUACUACUGGGACGCGUAUUGGAUUGUAAAAGGACUUAUAAUUUCUGGAAUGAUGGACACAGUGAAAAGUAUGAUUCGUAAUUUUGCACAUAUGAUCAACACCUACGGCUUCGUGCCGAAUGGUGGUCGAAUAUACUAUCUUCAACGUUCCCAACCACCUUUAUUCGCUCCAAUGGUUUACGAAUACUAUGAAGCUACUCGAGACAAGGAAUUUAUUCGUGAGAUGUUGCCGGUGAUCGAAAAAGAGUACAAUUUCUGGAGGGUGAAUCGAUCAUUGGCUCUUACUGUAGACGGAGAAGCGAUGACCAUGUACCAGUACCGGACACCUUCAACUGUACCAAGGCCAGAAUCAUAUCGUGAGGACUUCAUGUUAGCAGAUGCGAUUCAAGACGAGAACGAUAAACGCUUAUUCUAUCAAAAUAUUGCAAGUGCAGCUGAAUCAGGAUGGGAUUUUUCGAUUCGAUGGUUCGCUGACAAACAUUCGUUGGCGACAAUCGAGACCACCAACAUUAUUCCCGUAGAUCUCAAUGCAUAUAUUUGUUUUAAUCUUCAUAUUCUUGGAAAUUUACAUGGUGAAGUAGGGAACCAACACAAAAGUAACGCUUGGAUUUCCGAAUACAUCAAAUUUCGCGGACAAUUUCAGAAAUUGUUUUAUGUAGAACGAUCCAAGGGCUGGUAUGACUACAAUCUGAGGACUAAACGUCAUAACACUGACUUCUUCUCAUCAAUUGCCGUUCCCCUAUUUACCCAAUGCUAUGAACCAUUGAGUAUAAUUAAAUCCGAUGAUCUCUACGAUAAAAUGGAAGAGAUGGGAGCGUUCAACUUCGGUGGAGGAGUACCGACAAGCUUACAAAAACAUAGCAGCCAACAAUGGGACUAUCCAAAUGGCUGGGCACCUCUUAACCACAUGAUCAUCGAAGGACUGCGAAAAUCUGAUAAUCCAAGAUUGCAACAACAGGCUUUCGUCUUAGCUGAGAAAUGGAUUCUCGCCAACUAUAAAGUUUUCCUUGCGGAUAACGCUAUGUGGGAAAAAUAUGAUGUGGUAGCAACGAAACCACGGUUGGGUGGUGGAGGCGAAUAUGAAGUUCAGCCUGGAUUUGGCUGGACAAAUGGCGCCGCACUCGAUCUACUUGUUACCUAUGGUGAUCGAUUAAAAGCUCCCACGUCAGAGCCUGGCUCUGAACAAGACCCAACACUUGAUCAUGAUCCUUCGGGAUCAAGUAGUACUAUACUUUACAUGACUACGGUUAUUUCGAGCUUAAUAUUUGUACACAUUCUUUGA